UUUACAGCCGUUUACUACAUAUGAGUGGCACAUAGAAACUGAUCUGCCGAGAGGAUUCGGUACUAGCCAAACCCAGGCCUCCAACCCACCCUGGGGUCUGCCCCGCCCCUCCAUCGCGGCCAAUCAGCGGCGAGCGCGGGAAGGGCGCACAGCCGCUGACGGAGCGAGUCGAUCGGAAGACGCGGCCGGGCUAGCGCAGCGCGCGCUCGUCACCUUCUCCCGUCUGUCAGGCCGGUGUCUUCCGGGGUCGGCCGGCGGGACCCUCGCUCCCUCAUACAGGAUGCUGUGUUUUCUGCUCCUUUGUGAAUGUCUGUUUCUGGUAGCUGGUUAUGCUCAUGAUGAUGACUGGAUUGACCCCACAGACAUGCUUAAUUACGAUGCUGCUUCAGGAACAAUGAGAAAAUCUCAGGUGAAAUAUGAUAUAUCCGAAAAGAAGGAUGUCAGUCCUGACUUAUCAAAUGCUGAUGAAUUAUCUAAAUGUUAUCUCAGACUUGAUUCUUUAAUUUAUAAGAUUGAUGAAUGUGAAAAGAAAAAGAAGGAAGACUAUGAAAGUCAAAGCAAUCCUGUUUUUAGGAGAUACUUACAUAAGAUUUUAAUUGAAGCUGGGAAGCUUGGACUUCCUGAUGAAAACAACGGUGAUAUGCAUUAUGAUGCUGAAAUUAUCCUUAAAAGACAAACUUUACUAGAAAUACAGAAAUUUCUCAGUGGAGAGGAAUGGAAGUCAGGAGCCUUGGAUGAUGCGCUGAGUGAUAUUUUAAUAAACUUCAAGUUUCAUGAUUUUGAAACAUGGAAGUGGCGAUUUGAAGAUUACUUUGGAGUGGAUCCAUAUAAUGUGUUAAUGGUCCUUCUGUGUCUGCUCUGUAUCGUUGUGUUGGUAGCGACUGAGCUCUGGACGUACGUCCGGUGGUAUACCCAACUGAGACGAGUGUUCUUCAUCAGUUUUCUCUUCAGUUUUGGAUGGAAUUGGAUAUAUUUGUAUAAGCUAGCUUUUGCACAGCACCAGGCUGAAGUUGCCAAGUUGGAACCAUUGAACAAUGCGUGUGCUGAGAAGAUGGAUUGGAUUGGAAGUCUCUGGGAAAUGUUUAGAAGUUCAGUGACCUAUAAAGAUGACCCAUGCCAAAAAUACUAUGAGCUCUUAUUAGUCAACCCCAUUUGGUUGGUCCCGCCAACAAAGGCACUGGCAGUUACAUUUACCAACUUCGUAACAGAGCCCUUAAAGCACAUUGGAAAAGGAACUGGUGAAUUUAUUAGAGCACUCAUGAAGGAGAUUCCAGUGUUACUACAGAUUCCAGUACUGAUAAUCAUAGCAUUGGCUGUCCUGAGCUUCUGCUAUGGUGCUGGAAAAUCAGUUAGUGUGCUAAGGCAUUUCAGUGGUCCUGAGCGAGACCCUCCCCAGGCACUGCCGCCAGGUGACAGACAACGACAGAAGGAAAUUGAUUAUAGACUCCGUGGUGGAGCAGGUGAUGCAGAUUUCUAUUAUAGGGGUCCAGCUGGCUCCAUUGAGCAAGGCCCUUAUGACAAAACUUAUGAGUAUAGAAGAGAUGUUUUGAGACAGAGAGAUGUUGACUUGAGAUUUCAGAGUGGCACCAAGAGCCCUGAAGUGCUCCGGGCAUGUGAUUUACCAGACACCGAGGCACAAGCUCAUCCCGAGGUAGAACCCAGCCAUAAAUCACCUAUUUUGGAUACAAAACCCAAAGAGAUUGGUGGAAUCCCAAGAGAAAGCACCCUGUUGGAACACAGCCAGUCUGCUAAGAUUGUCCCUGGCCAGGAGGCAUUAGGGCCUAUGGAAGACCCAUCUGCAGAAGAAAAGACCCAGACCCAGCUGAAGACUGAAGAGACCCAGACCCAGCUGAAGACUGAAAAGAUCCAGACCCAACUGAAGACUGAAACUGAAGGCAGCCUGCACAGCCCAGCAGGAACUUUAAGUGGGAAGGAUCCCAUUGGCAACCCAUGUGGCUAGAGGAACACAGACACAGGCCCACCUCUGAAACCAUCAUUGCAUUUUAUACCAUUUGGGAAUUUGCUUUGACAAGCUAGCAAAGCAACAUGUUACUGUUAUUGAAUGAUUACAGCAAUUCAGGGAAGACUUUAAGUAAAUUGAAUAAACAUAUCAAGGCCAGUUCAUUGCCUGAAGAGAGAGUUAAGUUUAGCCAGUGUUGGUUACUCACAUUUAAUGUUUAUGUAACAUCUGUUUCUAAGAAAAUCAGAAUGGGGUAGAUAGCUGUCAAAAGAAAUGUUUAUGUUAAAUGUUUACAGGGUGUAAGAACCACUGUACACAAAAAUAAACACUUAUUUUUUACAUA